UCACCACACUACUGAAAUCAAGGUCAGCACCAAGAAAACCCAAUUCCACCCAAAAUCAUGGCCUCAUCAACCUUCCUUCUUAUCACUAGUACUGUUGCGAUCUCCUUGAAUUCCCUCUCCACAAUUCCCAAAUUGAUCACUACCUAGUUUUGAUGGACUCCACAUCAAUGCCCAAACCCUUUGUUGGCACACACCAGUGGUACUUGGCCACUCUGUUCUCCGUUCCAUCGACCGCAGGGCUUGUGUACAGCUACUCCCACGUCAUCGAUGAGUUACGACUUAUGGCGCCUUUGGAGCUGUCCUCUGUGCAAAGUUGUCCAGUAUUCGAUUGGCCGGUCCCUCAACUUCAUCGAUACCCUGGAGUCGUUUGCACAGAGAACAACUUCAAAGGAGUCAUGGUAGUGCUAAACCCAUCGAUGGCGUGGGAGUAGCCGUAGACAAGCCUUGCAGGUAACGAAACGGAGGACAAAGUGGCCAAGUAGUGUACCACUGGUGUCUGUCAACAAAGGGCUUGGGCAUUGUUGUGGUGUCCAUGAAAACGAGGUAGUGGUCAAUUUGGGAAUGUGUGGGGAGGGAAUUCAAGAUCACAACUGUAGUGAUUAGAAGGGAGAGAUGCGAGGUUAAUAAGGCCAUGAUUAUGGGUGAGAUUGGGUUUUCACGAUUCUGACUUUGAUUUGAGUAGGUUGGGGUGUGGUGUGGAUGAGGUUGUGAAGGGUAGUGGAAGCCUGAUUGGGCCUAUAGCGAGCCUGAUAACGACCCGCUAGUGGAUUCCGUUUAAUGGAAUUGGAACCCUGUUGGCAGCCCAUCGUCUAUCCGACAUUUAAUUAUUGGGCCUGAAGUGUUUUAUCGUCUAUUUGUUGUAAUAUUUCAGUGGAAAUGUGAGACGUAAUAUAUCAACUAAUUUGGUUUUUGGU